AUGCAUGAGUUCUCUUCGCAAGUUCCUACUAUGACUGGGCGCAAACAUUGUUCUUACUUUUCCAGCUCGUCGUUUGAAAGGACCGAGAACUCGUUGACAGUAGCUCUAGAAUGGGAACGCUCUCAAUGGGCUUCUGUAGCGCCCCAGCCGCGAGACUCGGAGCAGCAAGUAUCACCAUUAAUGAUGUCUGCCCCAGCAGUCGAAUUUGGGGAGAUGCGCGAGACCAGCAACGUAAACCCUCAUCGCAGAACAAGUUCGCAAUAUGAACCUGGCGGAAUUAACCAGAGUAAUCCCCGGCAAGUUUCUAUUUCUUCGGAAUCUAGGGUUUCUGAGCAAUCUGAAACGUCAACACAUAUCACCUCUCCCUCAGUACCUCCACGAACAAGACAUACCGCAAUGUCCCAGGCAGCUUCCCCCGGCUUGUUCAGGGAUAUUGUUUCUAAAAUUUUCAGUUCUGAAUUUGGACAAGGGGAUAGUUAUUCGGGGUCAUCAACUGAACAGACGUCAAUUAUGAGCAGGGAUACCUCAAGCGCUGAUCUUGACCAUUCCAAUCUCAUCCAGGCUCUUGCAAACGCCAGGAUCCGAGCACAACAGGUUCGAAUACAGGAGCAACUACUCAGACCACUGCGAAUUGAGCCACAAGAUAACUUUCAUCGGCCAAAUGCUGAUCUCAAAAUGAGAUUCGAUGCCUCGGCUUGCCUCGAGCUAACCGUGAGGCGCCUUAAUAUACGAGAUUGGUUACGUGUCGGGGUUUGAUGGCUGCUGAAGGCUCGGACGGUACUUUCUAAUGGGGAAAGACCAAAUGGUAUGAGCCCAUCAGUGAGUCACGAACUACAACCCAUCAAGCCUAUGUGGACCUCCUGAAGGCGUCUUAUAUUUUAUAUGACGUUGUCUUAAGAGAUGACACUUCACCGGACCUUCUAGUAGAUGAGAACAGAAAGCUAAUUUCCGACCUGUCCGAUGUAAGGAACAUGGUCAAUGUGUUCGUCUCAAUAUAGACAGUUUGUCUAAUGAGUUAGUAAGGGAUAAAGGGAAGAAUUUGAUCAUUUUGGCCCGUCAGACGUACCCGACCGUCCACGUCUCGAGGAGCAGAACCUAGAAAUAUGGGAAGAUCUACAGCCAGAAGAGCAGAGACUGGAGACCCGUGGAGAAUUCCUUUCCAGUUUGAAAAACGGCCGCUGGAUAACUGUUGAGCAAGAGGAUGCCAGAGAAGAGGAUGAAAAUGUUCUCUUUCGAACAUUCGUCAAUGCGGAGAUAGGUAGCAAGAGGUUCCGUAGACGAACAAGAGGCGCGCCUUACUUGCUACUCCUCUCCAGUAAGAAUGGGGAGAGUGAACCAAAAAUUACUUUUUGCAAUCAGGGAGGUACUCUGUCUACAAAGAGACUGUAAGUUGCCAUACCAAAAUUAUUUCAUUUUGUCCCGGUUAGUAUUCG